CAUAAAUUGAUAAAAUUAAAAGUUGUCAAACGACAACCUUCUUCUUCACAUCCCAUAUCCCCCAUUGCUAGCAAAGAUGGUGUCUUUCAAUUGUGACGGCUGCGGUGAUGUUGUAAAGAAACCUAAACUUGACCAACAUUAUCAGCGUUGUUAUGCACCGGUGACCUGUCUGGAUUGUUCAACACAAUUUGGCUCCCCAUUCGAAUGGAAAAAUCAUACGUCUUGCAUUAGUGAAGCACAAAAGUAUGAACGUAGUGUUUAUCGUGGACCAGUAAAGGGUAAAGGACAACCGAAUGGUCAACAGCAAAAGCCACAGCAGCAGCAGCAGCAGCGAAAUGGAGCAAAGGCAUCCUCCGGUCCAUCUGAUCAACCUGAAAAGAAAGAAGAAUCGAAAGCAUCUAAGCCGGAAAAGCGAAAGUCAAUAGGGCAGGAUAAAGAUGAGAAGAAGUCCAGCAAGAAAGACAAAAAGGCAAAGUCGGAUAACGCAGAGGAACCCGAGGUGAAGAAGGAGGUGUCGGGAGAAGGAGAAAAGAAAGAAAAGAAGUCUAAGGAUCAGAAGAAAGACAAGAAGGACAAGAAGAAAGAGGCAAAAGCCGACGAAGAUAAAGUCGACAAGAAAAAGAAGAAAGAGAAAUCCGAGGAAAAGCCAAGUCAAGCUGCUACCGAAGAGGUGAAGGCGGACGAAACACCUUUGAAGGAGCCCAAAUCCGACAAGAAGGGAAAGAAUGACAAGAAGAAGAAGCUAGACAAAGCUGGCACUGCCGAAGAUGACAAGAAGCGCAAGGAGAAGUCCAGUAGUCAGAAAAGGGACAAAUUUAAAAGCGUUGAGGAUGCAUCGAAGAAGAAGGAGAAAAAAGAAAAGAAAGCCAAGAAAGCAUCCAAAUCAACCGAAUAAAGCUUCUGCCACGCUCGCUGUACCGUAUUCCGCACAUUCUGUAUGUUAUACAAUUGAUGUCAUUUCCCAUAUCCUGUUCAUCUGGCCGGCUUAUUAGCUCUAUCUGGAAAGUGUUUAUUGAGAAUCUCUUGUGCUUUCUUCUUGCGA